UCUGCUGGCAUCAGAUACCCCUCCACCUCAAAGUCUUAUCACAAACAUUUUUGCAAAAGAUAUUCGAGAAGAGUAAAAACUUUAAGCAAUUACUUUUAUCUGGUCCUUUCUAAGCCAAGUCCAGUUUGUGACUCUUGAGGGUGCAACUGCGUGAGUGUGUCCAUUCAAGGGAAGCAGGAAUAUGGGCAAAGGAGGGAAAUCUCAUGAAGAAGCCAGUAUUGGAGAAGAAGAAAACAUGGCUGCUUGGCUUGUGGGUCUCAACACCCUCAAAAUUCAACCAUUCAAGCUCCCGCCUCUUGGACCCCGUGAUGUCAGAGUUAGGAUGAAAGCUGUUGGUAUCUGUGGAAGUGAUGUUCACUUUCUCAAGACAUUGAGGUUGGCAGAUUUUGUGGUAAAAGAACCAAUGGUGAUUGGGCAUGAGUGUGCUGGGAUCAUAGAGGAGGUUGGAGGUGAAGUCAAGAAUUUAGUUCCUGGAGACCGUGUGGCAUUGGAACCGGGGAUCAGUUGCUGGCGAUGUGAUCUUUGCAAGGAAGGUCGAUACAAUCUAUGCCCUGAAAUGAAGUUUUUUGCCACACCACCAGUUCAUGGUUCUCUUGCUAAUCAGGUUGUGCAUCCUGCAGAUUUAUGUUUCAAACUACCUGACAAUGUGAGCUUGGAAGAAGGGGCUAUGUGUGAGCCCUUGAGUGUAGGGGUUCAUGCUUGUCGCCGAGCUAAUAUUGGUCCAGGAAAAAAUGUGUUGGUCAUGGGAGCAGGACCUAUAGGGCUUGUUACGAUGCUGGCAGCUCGUGCUUUUGGGGCACCUAGAAUUGUUGUUGUAGAUGUGGAUGACAAUCGAUUAUCUGUUGCUAAGGAUCUUGGUGCAGAUGGAGUUGUUAAAGUUUCAACAAAUAUGCAGGAUGUGCCUGAAGAAGUUGAAAGAAUAUGUAAAGUGAUGGGAGCAGGAGUGGAUGUAAGCUUUGAUUGUGCAGGCUUUAACAAAACGAUGUCAACUGCUUUGAGUGCCACUCGUGCUGGUGGCAAGGUUUGCCUUGUGGGAAUGGGCCAUUCUGAGAUGACUGUCCCACUCACUCCAGCUGCUGCAAGGGAGGUUGAUAUUAUUGGAAUCUUCCGGUAUAAGAACACUUGGCCUUUGUGCCUUGAGUUUCUAAGGAGCGGUAAGAUUGAUGUGAAGCCCCUCAUAACCCACAGGUAUGGGUUUUCCCAGAAAGAGGUGGAAGAAGCUUUUGAGACCAGUGCUCGUGGUGGCAAUGCCAUUAAGGUCAUGUUUAAUCUGUGACUUCAACAGGGAUUAAGAAUACUGCUAUGUUAUUAUAGCAUUUAAGUAAAGAAAGGUGGGAGGUCAAAAACAGAUGCAUAUUGCCAACAAAGUAGUAGCAUGUGGGAACCAGCUACAUAACAUAAUGGACUUUUCUUAAGCCUCUGGCUGUACAUGCAAUAAAUUUUUGAUGGUUUUGCAUAUGACCAUACCUUGUGUUUUUUCACAAAAGAUGCACUAAUACUUAAUGUUUUGUUUUGUUA